GUCAAGUGUCAAACUUCACACUUCUCAGUCUCACGGCGUUCAUCGUCUGUGUGUUAUUCGAGCCUCUUCUCUUCCUCUCCUUCUUCCAUACCAAGAACACACAUAUUCAUAUACACACACACACACACACAUAUAUAUGGCUCAAUUUUGGAAACCAGGUACCGAGAGACCUCCCCUUCUCGACGAUGAAGAAGGCGGCAUUCUUCUCUACUCUGCCUCUCGCUCCUCCUCAUCUGGAUACAACCAUGUUAGCAUAGAGAAGCAAAGGCAGAGACUUCCGGUGUUCAGGUACCGAACUUCCAUUCUCUAUCUGGUGGAGACUCAUGCCACCACCAUUAUCGUUGGUGAAACAGGAAGUGGCAAAACUACCCAAAUCCCUCAGGCAGUGGCUUCAAGGGUGGCUGAAGAGAUGGGUGUCAAGCUUGGGGAGGAAGUUGGUUAUACAAUUCGAUUUGAAGAUCUCACGAAUAGAGACUUAACUAGGAUUAAAUUUCUCACUGAUGGGGUGUUACUGAGGGAGAUGAUGGAAGACCCCCUCCUGACCAAGUACAGUGUCAUAAUGGUUGAUGAAGCUCAUGAGCGGUCUAUUUCAACGGAUAUCUUGUUGGGUCUCUUGAAGAAGAUCCAAAGGCGUCGACCUGAGCUGCGUCUGAUCAUCUCAUCUGCUACAAUUGAAGCAAAAUCAAUUGCUGCUUUUUUCCAUAACAGCAAAAAACGUCGAGGAUUGGAAGGUGAAGAGCGUGGACCAAAGACAGAGCCUGCCAUUCUGUCAGUUGAGGGUAGAGGAUUUAAUGUACAAGUCUUUUAUGCUGAGGAACCUGUUCCUGACUAUAUUCAAGCUAUCGUUUCAACAGUAAUGUCAAUUCAUGAUCAGGAACCAAUGGGUGAUAUCCUUGUAUUCCUAACUGGUCAAGAUGAUAUCGAUACCGCUGUCCAGUUGCUUACGGAAGAAGCUCAAAAUAAUGGAAAGCCUUCUUCAGGAUUGGUUGUUCUGCCUUUAUAUUCAGGUCUCUCACGUGCAGACCAGGACCUCGUGUUUUCCCCCACUCCUAGAGGGAAGAGGAAAGUGGUGAUAUCAACAAAUAUUGCGGAGACAUCAUUGACUUUGGAGGGUGUUGUCUAUGUAGUUGACAGUGGGUUCUCGAAACAGCGAUUCUAUAACCCGAUUUCAGAUAUCGAAAAUUUGGUUGUAGCACCGAUAUCCAAGGCAUCUGCUAGACAAAGGGCUGGUAGAGCUGGAAGAGUACGACCUGGAAAGUGUUACAGGCUGUAUACAGAAGAGCAUUUUGUCAAAGAAAUGUCUGCUGAGGGGAUACCAGAGAUGCAGAGAUCAAAUCUUGUUUCUUGUGUGAUUCAGUUAAAGGCCUUGGGUAUAGACAAUAUCUUAGGCUUUGAUUGGCCUGCAUCUCCGUCACCUGAAGCAAUGAUCAGAGCACUUGAAGUACUUUAUUCACUCGGAGUCCUUGAUGAUGAUGCCAAACUUACCUCACCUACUGGAUUCCAAAUUGCAGAGAUACCAUUAGAUCCAAUGAUCUCAAAAAUGAUCUUAGCUUCGAAUCAAUUGGGCUGUUCUGAGGAAAUCAUCACUAUAGCUGCUGUUCUUUCCAUUCAGUCUAUCUGGAUUUCUGCUAGGGGGCAACAAAAGCAGCUGGAUGAAGCCAAGCUAAGAUUUGCUGCUGCUGAGGGUGAUCAUGUGACCUUUCUAAAUGUCUACAAAGGAUUUCUUCAGUCUGGAAAAUCUUCAAAAUGGUGCAAUAAGAACUUUGUAAACUACCAUGCCAUGCGAAAGGUUAUUGAAAUUAGAGAACAACUCAGAAGAAUAGCACUACGAAUCGGCAUGGUCUUAAAAUCUUGUGAAAGUGAUAUGCAGGCGGUAAGAAAGGCAGUUACUGCUGGAUUUUUUGCUAACGCUUGUCGUUUAGAAGCAUUCAGCCACAGUGGUAUGUACAAGACUCUCAGAAGUUCUCAAGAAGUUUAUAUUCACCCCUCAUCUGUGUUAUUCAGAGUUAAUCCAAAGUGGGUUAUAUACCACUCAAUUGUCUCAACUGAUCGACAAUACAUGCGCAAUGUCAUCUCUUUAGAUCCUUCUUGGCUGUUAGAAGCUGCUCCACAUUUUUACCAGCACCAGCAACCCAAUUCUAUUCCUCAUUGAUGGGUUCCUGUUAAAAAAAAUGGAGGCUGCUCGACAUUUUUAUUGAAACAGCUACCCAAGUAGGUUUUUUGUUUUUUUCAAAACACAAUGGAAGAAGGGAACAACCCGCAUUGCCCCAAAUGGCAUAUGCCUUUGUAAAACUCUUGUCCAUAUAUAUUUAGUUGUUGCAACUUUGAGAUCUUUAUGUUGGAAAAUUGUCA